CCAAUUAAAGACGGAAGCAAUUGAAGCCGUCACGAACCUAAGAUUCUGAACUGUUCUCGUAAAAGUAAAACCCUUCCAAAACCCAUUCUUUCUUCCUCCAUACCCAAUUUCUCCAUUUCCUCACAUUUUCUCUGAUCGAUCACCAUGUCGCAAUCAUUGAAUCUCAUCAAACAACACGCCUCCAAUCCCAAGCUCUGGUUGAUAGUAGGACUAGGACUUGCCGGCGGGAUCGUAGUUCUGUCGGAGACACGCCGUAGAAGACGCCGCCGAAACACUCCUAAACAAGAUUUUGGUGCUUUUAUUGAUCGCUUUGAGCUACUUCCUUUCCCUCAACCUCCUCCUCCCUCAGCUAAACAAACGCUCUCUUCUCUCACCUUUGCCAUAAGCGACAUAUUUGAUGUGAAGGGCUAUGUGACGGGAUUUGGAAAUCCUUUGUGGAAGAGAACACACGAGGAAGCAGAGAAGACUGCAGUUGUUGUGACUGCUCUGCUCUUCAAUGGGGCUACUUGUGUUGGCAAGACUGUUAUGGAUGAAUUCUCUUUCGGGUUUUCAGGUGAGAACAAGUAUUAUGGAACUCCAACUAAUCCUAAGAUGCCGUUGUGUGUUCCCGGUGGGUCUUCUAGUGGAUCAGCAGUAGCAGUUGCUGCUGGACUUGUUGACUUUGCCAUUGGUACUGAUACUACAGGAUGUGUGAGAAUUCCAGCAUCACUCUGUGGUAUUUUUGGUUUUAGACCAUCCCACGGGGCUGUAUCUACCAUCGGAGUUUUUCCAAAUGCACAAAGCUUAGAUACCAUUGGAUGGUUUGCCCGUGAUCCAACUAUCCUACAUCGUGUUGGACAUGUUUUACUUCAAUCGAAUUCAGUAGAUUCCAAAAGGUCAAGGUGUAUCGUAUUUGCUGAUGAUCUUUUUCAAUUAUCCAAAGAUGCUACCCAGAAGACAAUUCACGUCAUUGGUAAAGCUAUCGAGAGUAUGUCGGGAUUUCAAGCUCCAAAGCAUAUGAAUCUUUGCGAGUAUAUUGUUUCAAAAGUGCCCAGUUUAAAGCUUCAUGAGCAAUCGGCACAACAACAAAAUGGAACAUCUAUAUUGAAAACACUCUCUUCGGUUAUGCUUUCAUUACAAAGGUAUGAAUUUAAAGCCAAUUAUGAAGAAUGGGUUAAAUCAGUCAAGCGAAGGUUACGUGGUGGCGUGCCUAAUAAUGUUAUUAAAGCCAUUAGUUCUACACAUGAUAAUAUAAAAGCCUUGUAUAAAGUCAGGACUGAGAUGCGUGGUGCACUUCAAAGCCUGUUAAAGGAUGGUGGAAUACUAGUUAUUCCCUCUGUAGCAGACAAUCCACUAAAGCUCAAUGCAAAGAAGAGUUUUUGUUCUGAGUUCCAUGAUAAAACUUUCGCAUUAUCCAGCAUUGCUAGUAUGUCUGGAUGUUGUCAGGUUACAAUUCCGUUAGGAUAUCACGAUGAUUGUUGUAUUUCGGUUUCAUUCAUCUCAGCACAUGGAGCUGACAAAUUUCUUCUAGACACGAUCUUGGAUAUGUAUGCAACUCUUCAAGAGCAAGCUAGCUCUGGCUUCCAUUCCAUUCCAUUACCAAAUAUCAAUGGAAACAGGGAACCUUCUGAACUUUUAAAGGAGAAGGGAAAUGCAGCAUUUAAAGAAAAGCAAUGGGAUAAGGCAGUCUCUUACUAUACUGAAGCUAUCGAAUUGAAUGGGACGAAUGCAACUUUCUACUGCAACCGAGCAGCUGCUUUGUUAAAGCUAGGAUGCUUUCAGCUAGCAGAAGAAGACUGCAGUAAGGCAAUAUUGCUUGAUAAGAAGAAUGUGAAGGCAUAUCUGAGACGUGGAACUGCUAGAGAAUCACUGAAACGGUAUAAGGAGGCUCUUGAAGAUUUCAAGCAUGCACUUGUUCUUGAACCACAGAACAAGGACGCAAGCUUUGCUGAGCGCAGAGUCAAAAAAUUUAUGAGUUGAGGGUGCUUUUUCUCUUCUGACCUCCCUCCCUCCAAGAGAAAAUCAAUAGCUGUUGAUGUGGGGGAAAUAUGUGACUAUGGUUCUUUUCUUACACCGACUACCUUCAAAGUAAAAGUAUUUUGAAAGGAAAGGAAAGAUAAACCUCUCUUGAUGAGGUGAUACACUGUUCUCAUUUUGUGCAUAUAUCCUGUAAGAAAUAAAUAUUAUUCAACCCUAUUGGAUUAUGCUAAUAAUUUUGCACCUGCGUAUAUAAGAUUGGCCUAAUCGCCCCUGUACAUUUUAAA